UUGGCCACGCCCUUCUGCCCACUGGUAUAAAAGCCAGGGCAGUGCGUGGUUAGCAGUGAGACACCACAGUUGCUGUACAUAUCUCAGCCAUGGCACCCGUUAAGAAAGGCCUACUGGAACGCCUGGACGCCGGAGAGGUUGUUAUUGGAGAUGGGGGAUUUGUGUUUGCCCUGGAGAAAAGGGGUUAUGUGAAAGCUGGACCUUGGACACCAGAAGCUGCUGUAGAACAUCCUGAGGCAGUGCGACAGCUACACAGGGAGUUCCUUAGAGCUGGGGCCAAUGUCAUGCAGACGUUUACUUUCUAUGCCAGUGAUGACAAGCUAGAGAACCGAGGGAACUAUGUGGGAGAAAAGAUCUCUGGUCAGAAAGUCAAUGAAGCUGCAUGUGACCUCGCCAGGGAGGUGGCCAAUGAAGGCGAUGCCCUGGUUGCUGGUGGGGUCAGCCAGACUCCAUCCUACCUCAGCUGUAAGAGUGAAGUGGACGUGAAAUCUAUUUUCCGAAAGCAGCUGGAUGUUUUCAUAAAAAAGAAUGUGGACUUUCUCAUUGCUGAGUACUUUGAGCACGUGGAGGAGGCUGUGUGGGCUGUGCAGGUGUUGAAGGAGGCUGGAAAACCAGUUGCUGCCACCUUAUGUAUUGGGCCAGAAGGAGACUUAAAUGGGGUGCCUGCAGGAGAGUGUGCAGUUCGUUUGGCAAAAGCUGGUGCUUCUGUUGUGGGAGUGAAUUGCCAUUUUGACCCAAUGACCUGUGUGGCAACUGUGAAGCUCAUGAAGGAAGGUCUGGCAGCAGCCAAUGUGAAGGCACAUCUGAUGACACAACCACUUGCGUAUCACACACCAGACUGUGGUAAACAAGGUUUCAUUGACCUGCCCGAAUUUCCAUUUGGUUUGGAACCAAGAAUUGUGACCAGAUGGGAUAUUCACAAGUAUGCCCGGGAGGCCUAUAAUCUUGGCGUGAGGUACAUAGGUGGCUGCUGUGGAUUUGAGCCAUACCACACCAGAGCAAUAGCAGAGGAGCUGGCUCCAGAGAGGGGGUUCUUACCGACGGGCUCAGAGAAACAUGGCAGCUGGGGAAGUGGACUGGACAUGCACACUAAACCCUGGGUCAGAGCAAGAGCCAGGCGAGACUAUUGGGAGAAAUUGCACCCUGCAUCUGGAAGACCAUACUGUCCUUCUCUGUCUAAGCCCGAUGCCUGGGGUGUGACGAAAGGACAUUCGGAGCUGAUGCAGCAGAAAGAGGCAACUACUGAUCAGCAGCUGAGAGAACUAUUUUCCAAACAAACCAUUUAAAUCUUAGAUCUCCACCAAAUAGGUGACUACAGGUGGAUGGAGCACACGAGCCCUGUAACCCACUGAUCUCACCUGACACAACAAUGGAUACUCUGGGUUAUAGCACACUUGUGCACAUUACACAGGCUAAUAAGUAGGCCCCAAUGUGUCCCUGACUGGUCUUGUACUGGGAUAAUAUGUGCCAAAUGAUUCCUAUAAAACCUACAAGGAAUACUAAAUGCCGAAACUGAUGUUCAUAAACCUAAUUCCAUGUAUGUGUACAUCAAAAAAUAAACAUUGUUUAAGCAAC